CAUCAGUGCAGUGACUAUCCACACAUCCUACAGACCUACACGGUCACCACGGUAACAAUAUGGGCGGAAAACACAGUAAGCAGAAGAAGCUUGCGAAGGCUAGCGAAGCGAAUAAGGCUACAAGUGAAGAGCCGAAAAAGGCCACAGAUCUGGGGGCUGGAAAGGCACCGCAGGUGGAGGAGAAGACUGUGGAAGUAGAUUUUGCCAAUGCUGCACAGGCAGAGCUAGAUGCAGCUAUUGGCAAAGCGGUACAAGAAAACCCUGAAACUAAGGUCGCGGAAAAUAGAACGAGCACGGAAGCACCUGUUGAUGAUAACAACAAUGACACACAGGACACCACGCAUGUCGCUGCAGAGACGGCGGGAAAAACAGAGAAUGCGGAGACCGUAGAGAGUGCACCGGCAACAUCGGAUCCAACAGUUGCGAAGACAGCAGAAGGUAUUUCUGCAAGCAUAACAACAACAACCAGUGCGAGUGAGGGUGCUAGUGAGCCAAAUGUCGAGACUGGUGUGUCUGUCGCUGGUCACCCUAAAGAAACUAUCGAGCAUGCUACAAGUGAUGACCCAAAAAAAGCUGCUGAAUUGGAUGCAGGAAAGGCACCUCAGAUGGAGGACAAAUCAGUGACUUCCCAGGACGCUCAGGUUGCGCAAGCGGAAAUAGGUUCGGCUGUGGCGAAAGCUGUGCCAGGAAAUCCUGAAGUAAAGGCAUCUGAAAAAGCUUCGGAGACGGCACCUGGGGCAUCAGAUUCGGAUGCAAAGAUCGCAAAAAAGGUUCAGGCUGGUGACGAGGGUAGGAGUGUACCUGCGGACACAACUGAGGCUAGUCAGCAAUCUACAGAGAGCGCACAAGUUGCGGAAAGCACUAAGGUGGCUGAUAGUACUACCGAUACAACUGAGAACACAACUGACGUGGAUGCAGCCGAGGCACCCACUGUGACUGUGGCGGCUGUUAAAGCUGCACAAGCAGAACUAGACUCAGCCAUCACUAAGGCAGUGCAGGGUAAUCCUGAAACUAAACCCAAAACCGUGGACGAUGUAGCGGAAGCAACACCCAAGAGUGCAACGGCACCGGAUGUCAAACAAACACCAGAGGCAGUCGAGACACCGGAACUGGCUACAGAGAAUGCCCCAAAGGCUGCCACUGAGGUGGAGGGUGUGCAAGCAUCUCAAGCGGGUGAGGGGGAUGCGAUGACAGAAGUUGAGCCAAAACCAGUUGAGGCCGAUAACACUACUACUGAGGCGUCCGAUAAGGCUACCAGUGAUGACUCAACAGUUGAGCAAACACCAGUUGGGGCAGAAAGCACUACUACUACUGAUGAAUCCGAGAAGGCUACCAGCGAUGACCCAAAGGCAGCCUCUGAGUUGGGUGCAGGAAAGGCCCCUCAGAUGGACGACAAAAGCGUGAUUGCUGCAGAGGCCGAGGCUGCACAAGCGGAACUGGACUCGGCGAUCAGCGAAGCGGUUCAGGGUAAUCCAGAGCUCGAAGAGGCUUCAGUAGCAACAGAGCAACCCCCAGUACCGGCUGAUGAUACCACAACGGAUGUUACUGAGCCAGCCACAGGAGAUGACCCUAAGAAGGCCGCUGAGCUGGGUGCAGGAAAGGCGCCUCAGAUGGACGACAUUACUGUGACUGCGGGAGAUGCGGAGGCUGCGCAAGCGGAACUGGACUCGGCUAUCAGCAAAGCGGUUCAGGGUAACCCCGAGACCAAGCCUACGACACGGGAAGAUGCUUGAUAAUAAAAGCGUUAUAACGUAUUUA